UGUUUCUUCUGUUGGGGGCGGUGUUGAGCCAGUUUCUCCUCUUUGAAAGACUAUAAAGGAGCUGAUGAAAAAAAGGCGAACUUGCCUUCAAUUGUCCAAGCCUAACGUCAUGGAAAGUGUUACUUUGUUGCAGCGGGCACAGGAAUAAACCCAAAGAAAUAACACCGGCCCGUGAUGCGUGUUGAUACUCUGUAGACUGAGAUUGUUUGGUUGCUGAUUCUGCUUUUUGUUUUACUUGGAGGGUCGACUGAAGAUGCGCAGGAACCUGUUUACAAGGAAAACGCAGCAAGUUUGUGUCUGAGGGAAUGCGGAGCAGGCUCAAAAUGCACAGGGAUACCAUUACUCAUCCCUCUGCUUUUCUUCACGUCAGGCCACUUUUUCAAGGAAAUAUUUUCACCCAGGAUCAUUUCUAGGCUGAGAAACAAGUGUCCGAUAAAGUGAACAACGCGAGGUUUGCAGUCCAGUUUCUGGGGAUUAAAACCACCGUCGGUGAUUUUGCAGGAGCUUUUUUGGUGAAACCAGCUUUGUUUUUGAACCUGUUUGUGAUGCGAAAGGAGGUACAUUCUUAUUCAGUUAGGAGGGAGUUCAUGUGUUAUAGAGCAUUUAUAUGCUAAAGUUAAUGUUCAAACUUCAAAUUGAAAUAGUUAUUAAGACAAUAGAGCGAUGCCCUCAAGGGGCUGAGGAUGCCUGUGGUAUUUUAGGACAUUUAGAUUGUUUUGGCGGAUGUCAGUAAUUUUCUUAUGUAACUGUUGACUUCUCCUUUGUUCACUGAGUAUCGGGUCAUAAAAUUUUAAUAGGCUAUCUUGUGCUGUUGCACACCUGAUCCAACAGCUGCCAUGUAAUUUGAGAAAAGUUUAAAUAUUACAGUGAGCUAGUGUCAGAUGUUUCCAAAACAGUAUGCAUCAAGACAGUAGCAUCAGUACAAUCUAGGCACUAUGUGCAUGUAGAAGUUUCUGCUUUAGGACCCACUGGAGUAUCAAGAUGUCAGUGAAAGCCAAAGCCAUCUAUACGUUUCAAAGUGAAAACAAAGAGGAGAUCAGCAUUCAGGAGAAUGAGGAACUGGUUAUCUUUGAUGAGAACUCAGUGGACGGCUGGUUUCAGGGGGAGAACAGCCGAGGGGAGAGGGGUCUCUUCCCAGCAUCUUAUGUGGAAAUUAUUCGCACUCGUUCAAAUUCUAACGUGACUGACUGCUCCAUCAGCCCGGCAGGCUCUUUAGGAAAUGACUCCUCCUAUUUCCCCUCAACUCCAAACACCACUCUUCACAUGCAGCAGAGUUACUAUGACGACGACGAUGAUGACUGGGACGACUGGGACGACAGGUCCACCGUUGUGGAUGAUACCGACCACAGUAGGAGCCCUGGUGCCAAUGGACAUCCCCAUCAGAGCCCACUGUCCAACAACCCCAAUGUAUACUACCGGGCUAAACCGCAUAUGGAGAGACAAGACAGCAUCUCCAGCUCAAGGAAAGGCAGCAUGGUGGGCAGGAACUUGAACCGAUUUUCCAGCUUUGUCCGCUCAGGGGUAGAAGCCUUUGUGCUGGGUGAUGUACCCAUGAUGGCAAAGAUAGCUGAAUCAUACACUAUCGAGAUGGGUGCCCUAGGGCCCCAGUGGAAGGAGAGCCCACAGCCUUUCUCCUGCUCCGUAGAAGACCCCACAAAACAGACAAAGUUCAAAGGCAUCAAGACGUACAUUUCGUACCGGGUCACGCCAAGCCACACAGGGCGUCCUGUCUACAGGCGCUACAAACACUUUGACUGGCUGUACAACCGCCUACUGCACAAGUUCACUGUGAUCUCCGUGCCUCACCUGCCUGAGAAGCAGGCCACGGGGCGAUUUGAGGAAGACUUUAUCGAGAAGCGGAAGAGACGACUGAUACUGUGGAUGAACCACAUGACCAGUCACCCUGUCCUCUCCCAGUAUGAAGGCUUUGAGCACUUUCUGAUGUGUGCUGACGACAAGCAGUGGAAGCUGGGCAAAAGACGAGCUGAAAAGGACGAGAUGGUGGGCGCCCAUUUCAUGCUGACCCUCCAGAUCCCUAACGAGCACCAGGACCUUCAGGAUGUAGAGGAGAGAGUCGACACCUUCAAGGCCUUUGCUAAGAAAAUGGACGACAGCGUCAUGCAGCUCACACAUGUUGCCUCGGAGCUGGUGCGUAAGCACCUGGGUGGAUUCAGGAAGGAGUUCCAGCGGCUGGGGAAUGCUUUCCAGUCAAUUAGCCAGGCAUUCAUGCUGGACCCUCCCCAUAGCUCAGAUACCCUCAACAACGCCAUCUCCCAUACAGGCCGCACCUAUGAGAACAUUGGAGAGAUGUUUGCAGAGCAACCUAAGUAUGACCUCUUCCAUAUGCUGGACAAGCUGUCUCUCUACCAAGGCCUGCUCGCCAACUUCCCAGAUAUUAUUCAUCUACAAAAAGGUGCCUUUGCCAAGGUGAAGGAGAGCCAGCGGAUGACUGACGAAGGGAAGAUGGACCAGGACGAGGCUGACGGCAUUAGGAAACGCUGCAGGACGGUCGGGUUUGCCCUCCAGGCAGAGAUGAGCCACUUCCAUCAGCAGCGAGAGGUGGACUUCAGAGACAUGAUGCAGGCCUACCUCAGGGAGCAGAUAGCCUUUUACCAGCGUGUUGUCCAGCAACUGGAGCGCACCCUGCGCAUGUACGACUGUCUGUAAAGACAUCAAACCGCUACCUGGUGCAAGAUGCCAAAAAACACACACACAAGACAAAGGAAGGAAGGUCAACGGCUUGACUCUUUUUAUCAAGGCCUUUUGUAUUGGUCCUGUUGGGUUCAGUUUGAAAAGACUUGCAUAGAAAUGAAGCAGUAGUUACUGGAAAGACAUUCAAAGCCAGUCAUUCUUUCACUUUGAUGGAUUCAAAGACACGUUUCUUGUUAUUUUAAAGACCUACUGUACCUUUUUAUUUCUAAAAUACACAUCACGUCAUAGGCAGUGUCACAGCAUAUUGUUUAUUUUACAUAAUUUAAGGCGUUUGUAACGUUAAAAUAAGAGUAUAGGUUUCAAAUUCAUAGCGGUUUCUAUAGUUGAUUGUUCUAUAGUGUAACACAUUAAAGCCAUGAAACGGGUUCUGUUUUGAAAUUGUCCCCUUCUCUCCAACAUCAUGCACUUUGGCUCCUCCAGGGACUGAUUCAACUUACUUCCAAAAUGUAAAAACAAAUCAGAAUAUUCUGGUUUAUUUAACAACGUCAAAGAAACAUUCCAUAACUUUUUUAAAGAUUUUUUUUUUAAUUAAAGUCACUGAUUUUUUUUGUGAAACGUGAAAAGGUUGUGUCCAAAAAAAAGUGCAGCAUAUACAGCAUAGUAAAGAGAACCGUCACCAUCGCCUCUUCUGGUUCAUGUCGAGGGCUCGAUCUGCUCAGGUGAAACACUGACUUAACUUUGCACCAUGUGGAGGACUCACUGAUACUGAAUGUCAUUCAGUUUCAUUUCCUUACUUUUUGUCAUGAAGUAAGUGCCUUAAAGGAUCCGAGGCAUUCUGAAGAUUGAAAUGGACCGUUUGUCUGUAGCGUGGCUUGUUUUACCGAGCGAAUUGUUGGAAUGAGUUGUGUUUAAGAGACAAGUUUGCACACGUUUUUAUAUACUAGUGGGUCAUAGAGUGUAUGUGGUUGUGUUGAUGUGUGGGUGAGCGAGUGAAAUGAGUCAACUACUGUGCUGAUCAAUUCCCUUUCCUAUGGUGGAAAAACAAAAAAAUUUGCAUCUUUAUAUGUAGCAGCAGAUUCAUCUAUUAUGAAAAGUAGGGUUUGUGUGAGGCAGAACAUCGACUUGGCAUUUCGUUGUUUAUAUUACAUCACUUAUUUGACUUCCUAAUACCAGAGUUUUUGUUUUCAUGUAGUCUGGGUCAAAAAGAACAGAAUGUUUUGAUGUUAAUUAUCAAGUAUUUUUAAACCACAUAGUCAUGCACAAAGAAAACUACUUUAUAUCAAUCAGAUUGUUUCUACUCUGUAGCUGUAAUAACUUCAUAAUCCGUAAUCCAUACUCCUUUCUUUGUGUACUCAUUUCUCCACACUGAAUGAGAUUGAAUUGAGGAUUCAAAUCACUCUUGUCAGCGUUUAUUACCAAAUGAGUUGUUCCAGUAACAUUACUCAUCCUGUUUAACAAGAGAACAAUUUCAUGGCAGCGGUUUGACGAGACUAUCUUUAGCGUCGUGUCGACCUUAGAGAUUUAUGUGGAGCCUGCGCUGCGUUUAUAAGCAUUACCUCAAGAAGUGUAGGGAAUGUUUUUUUGUGAGUUCGACACGCUUUUUUUUUUUUCUUCAAGCCAUUCCUAGGUGCGAGACACUGAUUCUUCACUGGGAUGGAAGAGGGUUUGAUCUCUCAGUGGUGUAUCUGGGUGUGGAUGAAAAUUGACAAGAAAAUUAGUUUUUGUGAAAUCUCUGCCUGGUCCUGUGAAUUUCAGUCUGUUUUAAGUCAGAGCCUUAUUAUGGUUCUCUCAUAACAAAGGAGUGCUGAUUCAGAGUCCACGUUUCUCAGUAAACAAAUGGUCUGUGUGUGUGUGACUCAGAUGAGUGUUGUCUCAGUUACUGGUACUGUUCAUUCCACAUCUGCAGCCUUUUAACUCUUUGCUGUCUAUAUGUGGUGGUGUUUUUUGUUUGUUUACUUUUGAACAAACCUUUGCUUUUCAUACGUAAGCUUUUUUUUUUUUUCUGUCAGCAUUUGCACUUGCAGUUUCUCCAAGACCAAAGAAGUCAGACAUUUUCUACUGGGCUUCCUAUUUUUUUUUUUUUUUUUUACUCGGUUCGGUUGUAGUGAAUUAAAUUUGCUCUCUGGUUUUGUAAUUGAAUCUGUUCUACUCUGAGGAAAAUGUGCAGACAGCAUUUGGAAAGACUUAAAAAAAAAAACAUUCCACAAAGAAACUAUAAAGGACACCAAAGGCAAAGGCAGAUUCUGGGCAAAAUGAAAAGUGCAAAAGGAAGAGUAAAAAUCCAUUCAAAGUGCUUGCUGCUCCAAACAGGUUUCGUAAUGACACUUUACUCUCAUGUUCCAAAGCUGCAUGAUGAGUUAAAUGUAAGGCAUUUCACACAGGUGACUGUUUUUAACAUGGAUGUGUGACCUGGAGAGUUGCAGGGACUUUAUAAUUUAGUUUCAGUCUCUGAAAUAACAGAUGGUGAUUGUCAGUGAGUAAUUUGUCACUUGAUUUAAGGGAAGGGGACAUAAAAAAUUGAAUAAAAAUGAUGGUGAUCGCUG